AUGCAGCUCAAACGAGGACUGCCGCGAGAGUCGUGCGAUUUCUGCCACCGGCGAAAGGUCAAAUGCGAUCGGUCACUGCGCGCAAGGCAGGGCCUUGCCUCAUGUUCCCAAUGCACCCUGCGUCAAGGACCUUGUCUUUUGAAUGAUCCAACCGAGACACGUACACGACGGCGUGGCCGUGGAACUGCCCACGGAGGUAAUACGGGCAUGGCUUUAGGUGACGGAGGAUCAAACAUAGCAGAGGAUGAUAACCCAGCAGCCGCCCCGUUUGCUUCGGCAUCCCAGCUCGAGCCUCUUCUGCCACUGGAAGAUGAUCAUUCGGCAUUAUUACAGUAUCCUGAUGAUAUGUUUGCUGAGAAUUUUCUUGGUUUGAGCCGUGACAACAUCUUCUUUCUCAAUCAAGCUUUCAUGGGCGACAGUGGAGGAUCGAUGGAAUGGCUUGGCCAAGGGCAGAGUGCACAUCAAGAUAGUCAAGUCUCUACCAUCGGUGACGGCCAGCCUAGCAACGCCGAACCACAGGCGCAAAUUCGAACGGAAGAAUCUCAACAGUUCCCUUGGCUGGACAGCGUUGCAGAUUCGAAUACCGUUUUUACUGCUGCAUUACAUUGCUACUUCAAGUUCGCGGCGCCAUGGCUGCCGAUCCUCCUCGAGGACGCCUUCUGGCAAGACUACCACAACGGCCGAAGUAGCCAUGUUCUGGCGUCUGCUAUAGCCUGUCGCGGUAUGCCCUUCACGACAGUUUCAGACAAAUGGAUUCUUCAGCAGCGCUUUGCGCACGACUUUCGAGAGGCAUUCCUAGGUGCUCAGAGCAUAGCAUCCAAUGAUGGGACGAUCAGACUUGACGACCUUGAAGCGCUGGCUCUCAUGGUCAAUUUCGAAUACGAAGAUACAAACAGUCCGCCGCUUCAUUCAAAUCUGGGAAAACUCUUCUUAAGGCACGAAUCGCUCGUUAUGAUGACGUUACAGUCCCGUAUCCAAGAUCGUAUCUCCACGGGGCCAGACUCAUCAGUGACGUUGGCGAGAGCUCGGGAGCGACGUAUGCUUCUUUACUGGCACGUCUAUGGUCUUGAUGCCUUUCACUGCUUAGAUCGUAAGCAGAUAUCUCUGAUUCCCGACAAGGACGCAAGCGACCAUGACAGUUUUCCCCAGCACGAGGCUACGGACUUUUUCGACGCCGUCUUGGAACUCGCAGUCAUUGCCCGAAAAAUUCUGCGACAGUUGUGUAGUAACUCGGCAAAACGUCGUGGUAUCGAGUCCAAUGAUGUGCAUGACAUAUAUGCACAAAUCUAUCAAUGGAGGAACCACACUUGUCCUCCGCAUUUGCGGAGGCAUGAACAAAGUCCAGGUAUAGUGGCGACUCACGAUAAUAACGAGGGUCACUCGACCGAGCUGAAGAGACAUAUUCAACUUCAUCGGGCUGUGCUGUGGGCAUUAGAGAUCAAUUGUUUGAUGCAAGUUGAGUGUUUUGUAUCCGACUUCGGCAUCAAAGAUAAUGGAGACCUGCGAGCAGAGAUGACUACAGCGCGCGUGGAAUACGAAAGUCUUCGUGCUCUGAAUGACAUGAUUGCUAUAUGUCACUGGAUCGAUCCGCAUGCCAUCUGCGAUGAAGAUGGCAAGCAGCACUCUCUGAUCGAUCUCGCGCCGUUGGCGUUACGUAAUGCGUGUGCUGGGCUAUGUUUUUGGACAUGUCAACGCGGCAUCAAUUCGACUCAACUCUCCACUACCCGAGCCCCUUUGGGCAGAAGGGGGCCUCCAGAAAACAGUCAGAAACACCCUGCUCACGCUCAUAUCGAAAAUGCGCAGCUUUUACGAGAUGCAGCUGCGAAAGCAACGUCGCACAGGGACACGGCGGAGAUUCUUGAGCGCCUCGACAAACAAAUCGCCUUGCUCAAGGCAGAGAUGGAUAAUGCUUUAGGAGCUAAGUAA